GAUAUUUUAUAUGAGAAAAAGAGUAUUACAAGAUAAUAAGAGAAGAACCACAAAUUAAUAUUAAGGCAAAUGCGAUUCCAGAUACCUUUACCCCUGCUUGCCGCAAGUCUGCUUUUACUUGCAGUGGCGUUUUGUGUUCCUACAGCCCACGCACUGAAGUACACCUUUGACGAUGAACCAAAGGUGUGUUUUGUUGAAGAAAUUACUUCAGAUACCAAUUUCAUCACAGGGCGUUAUAAUUGGCAUGAUCGUCCGGCCGGGCCUAUCAACCUUAACGUCACGCUUUACAACCCCGCCUCAAAGGUGAUCAAGUCGUUGGAGAUGAAGGGGGGUGAAAAUAUUUUUGCGAUACCGGUCCCAACCGAUGCAAUAAAUGGGGCUUACCUGCUCUGCGCCGAGAUCGUGUCUCCUAAGAAUUACAAACCGACCCCCACGAGCCCAACGAUCGCGGUUUCGUUUGAUGUGGAUCAGUCGUAUACUUCGGUUUUGGAGUCACCCUCUCGGAAGAAGAGCAUGAAAAAUCAGGCUCGAGAAACGAUUAAUGGUAUGGAUGUUUUCUCGUUUCGUGACUUUGGGGGUGAGGUGAAAGUUGUUCUUCAGUCUAAAGAGUACUUGGAUGAUCUACAAUGGGGCGUUGAUGUGAUCAAUGAUCAACUGGACACCGUGGAAAGGAACAUGAUAUAUGCACUGAACCGAGAGGGCCGCAUGCGUAUAACCUCAGAAAGCACAUUUACAAGAGUGUGGAUCGCAUCCUUGCUCACACUGGGGAUUAUGAUAGCGACGGUUUACGCACAAUUCCACGCUCUCAAAUCUAUUAUAAUUAAGAAAAAACUUGUUUAGGAAAUAAUAUUAUUGCAAUUAUCAUUACUUUCUAAAUAGGGGAAUAGAGAGUGAUUAAAGGAGCGCUGACAAUAUUGUAUUUGAAAUAAAAUUUAUCAAGGGAAGGUCCCCAAAAGAAGAGUGGCGGUAACUAACGAACUUGCAUGCUGAUGAAGGCGUAUAGGGUGUGUGUGUCGAUGUUCAUAAAAGUGAGAAAUUAUUGCCUGAAUGAUGGGCACAUAUUUCUUUGUCUACAAGCUCAGGUUAAAGAAGCGAUUUUUGAUGAUGAAGAAAACAAAGAGUU